CAUCGCGGCGGGAGCGCGCUCGUUCACGACCUGAGGGCUCGCGAACAGACCGAUUGUACGGGACAGCUCGCCCAGUGCUUUUUUAAAAAUAAAAAAAAAUAACAAAAAAAAACUAAUUUGAAAUGACAUUAACAGGGAAAUAAACUAAACGGACGCUGCGCUGAUUUAACGCGAGGAAAAUGUAAACGGAAGGUUUUAAGGAUGUGAUUUGUGGCUGCAGAGGGCGGUGCGCCAAAGAAGAGAGACAGAAAGAAGUUUAUUGGACCUCCUCUAUGGUUGCUACAUCUGGGUGAGGUCACGAUCGGGUUUGGUUCUUCAGGUCAAGAUUGUCCACAGGAAAUAAGCCCUCACAAAGAAAACAAAUAAUCCACCACUGACUGGCGUUGAAUUAGACAUGAAGUUCCUUAGGAAAUGGGAUGCAAAACAUACACCAACAGCUCAGUAAAGGGGCCGGAACAACAACAGACCCUUUUGUGAUUCCUCCUUCCUCCCCAGAUCAGCAACACUCACUGCUUAUACUGAACAUGUGUCAGAAAGGGCUGUCAACCCACAAUCGAAGAUGAACCCCUAUCAUGUCACUUCUCAUUUCAGGAGGGAUCUCUUUCCCCACUUUCAUUUGUUGUAGACUGAAUACCAUGGCUUCUCCUGUGUUUGCUUUUCGUUCUGCUGUUUGGGGUACGUUUCAGGGACUGAAUCUGUCCACUGGUUCCCAAAUAGUUUGAUGUUAUAUGCUUUUUAUACUUUGUCACCGUUCUCCCUACUACUUGAUUCAGUAGUAGGGUGCUCUGGAAGUAUUUGGGCAAGGUAAAUUCUAACACUACAAACAUACAUUUGUACAAACAUACAUGUGUAUUUGAAUUUGCAUUUUUUUAAUUUAAACUUUAAACAAUAACUUAUGCAUUUUUUUUUUUUUUAUGUAUCCAUACAUGCUUUGUAGAUUGGUGCACAUUUGCAUGUUGUUGUUUUCAGUUGCCUCGCAUAAGAUAAUCUUUUUUGUCUGAGAAACCUGUUGUACUCUGGUUCAAACAGGCUCUCAACCACCUUGUUUCUCAGCACGUCUUCUUCUGUGACGUCCAUCUGAUCUAUAACUGUUGGCACCUGACCCCCAGAAAAAUGUAGAAAACUUCCUCAGGUGACCUGUGUACUUACCUUUUCUCUCCAUAUAAACCUUUCGUUUACAUCUAAUGACAUGAGUCACGUCAGAGAUGGAUCAAAGUAAUCUUUCUCUGUUGUUUUCUUCCCUUCUUCUUAUCUUUUGUCAGGCAUAGGUGAUUUCUCAGCCGUAAUGCUGAGCUGUAAUGAGGGGUGGUGAAAAUGGGAAGAUCUUUGUUCGUAAGAAUUUGCAUGAUUUUUCUUCGCUUUUCUGACUGCAUGGCGGAAACAGUUUUAUGAUAUUAUUUUGCAUCUUGUCAUGGUAUGGUGAAAUGUACCCUGUAAUGAGCUACAUCCCACCUGCACCUUUGCGUUAUUAAUUUGUACUGUUCACAAAGUGAUGCCUGCUCAAGCUCAAGACCUGAGAACGUUCCUCCUAUUGUUUUGAACUGAACAGAACCAGUCCUGCAUGCCCUUGUGAUGAAUGUUGAAGUCAGUCCAGCCCUUCCACUCCUUGUUGAAUGAAUUCUUGCCCACAAUUAGACUCUUUGGGAAACGGUUGACAUCCUUUUUUUUCAGCUCCUCCCGUUCCACGUAUUUCAUUGACUGUGAUUUUAGACAUUGGUUGUUAAUGAAUAGACCUGAUUGCAUAGGAACGCCCUGUUUGCAGAGGGAUCUGUCACUAAAAGGAUAAACUGUACUGGAAACAUAGUUACAGGUUGUGGAACAGACACUGAACCAGCUGACUGACCAAUGGCUUUGGAGGGUAUCAUCCUCUGGUUACCAUUGGACACUAUGGACCUACAUUUAUCUCUUUAUUAACGUGGAUGAAGCACUGACUGUGUCGUUACCAACACACAUAACCUCACUGACUGUAUCACAGUGAUUAAAUACCACAUCAAUUUCUAAGGUUCCCUGAGAAAAACAGACUUAGCUUAAAUGAUGGGAGCGGCACGUGUGAAACGUCGCUUCAGUGCUGUGGUGGAUGGGCCAGUGGAGGAAGAGGAGGUCAUGAGGCUGGCCCAGAGUGCUGCAGAUACAGCUGGGGCAGGAGGGAGCCCAACAGGGUCAGGGACCCCAAACAGCCCCUCCCCGACCCAUGCCCUCAACGGCAAAGCUCUACCUCUUCAGAGCAACACCAACAAUGCACGGAGGCAGAGUGCCAUUGCAGAGUCGGUCGGCGGGAAUGCAGAAGGAGAAGGUGGGAUGAGAGCCGGAAGAAUGUGCUCAGUUCCAAGAAGCGACAGAGGCAGUAGUGCAGGAGGGAGAGGAGAAGGCCGUUCCUCGUCGGACCAGGAUUCUCUCUCUUCCCCCUCCACCAUCAGCCGCCGGCGUACGAGGCAUUCGAGCCGCCGGCCCCGACAGCGCUUUGUGGGCAAGGACGGACGCUGCAACGUCACCUUCGUCAACAUGAGCGAGAGGGGCCAGCGGUACCUCAGUGACCUCUUCACAACUUGUGUGGACAUCCGCUGGCGCUGGAUGCUGGUCAUCUUCACCCUCUCCUUCCUGCUCUCUUGGCUGCUCUUUGGAUUUGCCUUCUGGCUCAUUGCCGCUGUGCAUGGGGACCUCUCCAUUCAACCUACCCCCAGUUCAAGUUCCUCUCCAGGAUCAGGAGAAGCUGGAUCUGGAGGAGGGUCUGAUAGGGAGGCAGUGGUCAUGGAGACGUGCUUCCUCCAGGUGAACAGCUUCAUGGCGGCCUUUCUGUUCUCCUUGGAGACGCAAACAUCUAUCGGUUACGGAUUCAGAAGUGUGACCGAAGAAUGUCCCCUGGCGGUGGUGGCGGUCGUUUUGCAGUGCAUUGUGGGCUGCAUUAUUGACGCCUUCAUCAUCGGGGCAGUCAUGGCGAAGAUUGCCAAGCCCAAGAAGCGCAACGAGACACUGAUCUUCUCUGACACAGCUGUGGUAGCGCUGAGGGACGGGAAACUCUGCAUGAUGUGGAGGGUUGGAAACCUACGCAAGAGCCACCUGGUUGAGGCGCAUGUCAGAGCACAACUACUGAAGUCAAGGGUGACGUCAGAGGGGGAGUACCUCCCCCUGGACAACAUGGACAUCAACGUGGGUUUUGACACGGGCACCGACCGCAUCUUUCUGGUCUCGCCUGUGACAAUAGUCCAUGAAAUCAACGACGAGUCACCUUUCUUCGAGAUGGACCAAAAAACCCUCGAGAAUGACUCUGAGCUGGAGGUAGUGGUCAUCCUCGAGGGCAUGGUGGAGGCCACAGCCAUGACCACGCAGUGCCGUAGCUCUUAUCUGGCUUCUGAAAUCCUCUGGGGACACCGCUUUGAACCAGUGCUCUUUGAGAGAAAAGACUGCUACCAGGUGGACUACUCAUUUUUUCAUCGGACAUACAAAAUACCAAACACACCUUCAUGCAGUGCUAAAGAACUGGCCGAACAGAAGUACAUUCAAAGCUCAUGCUCGUCAUUCUGUUAUGAGAACGAGGUGGCUCUGCAACUCGUCUCCCCUGAUGAUGAGCCAGCUCAAGAUGCCGAGAGUCCCUCCGCACCAGCCCGAAGGCUCUCUCUGGCAGAACAUCUCCACUACAAUUGAACCUGCGAGACAAGAGGCCUUAGAGAAAGAACAGGGGGGAAAACAAGCCAUAAAGGUAAACACAGGCAGAACAAGAGAGACAAGAUUAAUAGUAGGAAAAAGGUAGAGAGGGACGUUGUUUACAAUGAUUAGAUGGGAAAGAAAAUAGAAGGUCAAAGGGUAGACUUUUUAAGAGUUGGCCAGAUUUAGACCGACAACCCUGAGAAGAUUAUUUUGCACACAGAUAGAGAGAGGAAAUGAAUAGAUAGAGGACCAGGAUAAAGUUUGGGAUCACUCUUUUUGGGGAGUUACUUCGCUGACCUAGUUGUCUGAUUGGUCCUGGCAAUCUUUCAGAAUCAUUGAAAACUUGCCUGCUAAGUCUCACAUCUGGCCCAUCACAACCACAGCACUCUCAUCUGGCUUUUAUGCCUCAGUGGCAGGACAUGCAACAGCGCCCCGCGGUGGCUACAAUCUGCAACUGCCCCUCCAUUUUUACGAGACGGUUUUUGUAUGCAGUGAAUGCUAGUGUACCUGCUACUCAGGAAUGUAUUUCCACUACGAUGCUGACUUAUCACUUUAACGUUUUAUUUUCUUAUGGUAAGUAUGAAUUAUGCACCUCUUGUAAUACUGAAAUGUUGGAGGGCUCUUGAGAAUGUAGCUACUUGAAAAGCCAAAGUAAGGCAACAGUACCAUUGAGAAAUGGCUUAAAACUAGCAGCGGUUUGGAGCAAUUUCUUCCCAUGUAAUGAACUGUAUGCUGUUUGUGCUUUGGCUUUUUUUCUAUGUGUCAUGUCAAAAUGUGUUCUCUGAUUCGCUUUAUUUAAUGUAUUACUUUGAGUCAAGUUAAGCCCAUGAUUUUAGAAGAGGCAUUGCGGGGUCUCCAACCCCGGACAAAUGAUGCUGGCUGCGUCCAGACCUGUUAAUCACCAUGCGUUAUUUCUUGCACUACUAUUUACAGUACGUGACGAUGUUUUAUGUAUCUAAAAUCAGCCUUCCUGUUACUGCUUGCUCUGAUUGUUCUGGACUUAGAUGAGCUAUGACAUAUAUGUGAUAUUUUUAGUGUCUUGCCAUUUGGAUGAUGUUAGGGCCUGAAUCCAAAGCAAAAGUAGAUGCUCUUGUUGUUUCUGUAAAUGCAUCGGAGACCUGUAUUCUCCAACAUCACCACAACGUAACUGAGCUCCACUGAAGGGGGAGCGACAAUUUGACGAUGGGGGGUGGCUCGCAGUUCCUUCAUCUAAAACAGCUGUUUACCAUCUGCACAAGUAGAUGAGGAUCAAACUGGAAACCACAUUGACCGAAGAUUAUUCUAUAUUAUUAUAGCCUAUAUUAAUGGCGAGUCUAACUUUAAUGUAUUACAGUUGGUUUCUCUACUCACUAAACAUGGAAACAAUGUAGAGGUGGUGCCUUCGUAUCGACCGGGAUUUUGCAACUGGCCCUUCAUCUGCGGCAAUUUGUUCAUGUUUCUAAAGUUGCUUAAAGUGUUAUUUUAUUCUAUAAUGCUUUUUAUGCAGAGCUUUUUUUUUUUAAUUACCCUAACGGUUCGGUACGCUCUAAGUAGAUUACUAACUGUGAAUCUUCCCAGUGACUGAGUAUUCUCAAUAUGAACAUGCACUGAUGACAUAAACGAGCUUUUAGAUGUGUUUUUAUUUUAGACUACGUAAUAGUUGCACUUUGUAGUUUUUACAAAGCACCUGGAAUGUGUUUGUUGAUUUUAACCUUGUAAUGAUUGACAGUAAACCACGCCACCUAAGAAUUUAAGUGUUUGAUUGACAGAGUGGGUUGAAAAGGUAAAACUCGUGCAGUGAGAGGAGAAUGUCACCAAGUCCGACAGACAACCUGAGAACUUGUUCUUUGUACUUUGCACUGAAGUAAAAUGUGGAGACAAAUAUCACUGAUAAAGCUCUAUGGCACUACAACAGCACAGUAGUGCUGCAGGAACAGCACAGGUUAACGUCAAUGCAUCACUUCCAGUGUUUCACUUGUGUCUCUGAAAAGAUUUGCCCUCAGGUGGGGCUGAGGUAUUGGCUGAUAAAAUAUUUUCUUUUACAAUUGGUGUUAGUGCUGUUAUGUGUUUGUGUCUUCCCUUACACUUCUCCUUUACGGCUACCAUGUUCUAUUUAUAGGCUGCACGGUGGGUCAUGUUGUUCACCCUGCCUCCAAGAAAUGUAACUUGAACUUAUGCACCAUCACUUUAAGUAUGCUAGUGCUUUUUGAAUACCACAGAAGGAAAUAGACGAAUGGAUUGUUUGGUCAUUUCACUGUUUGCUUAGGAUUCAUUAUUCACAGUAAAGUACAUUUUAUACCUUGUGUAAAAUACAUAGUGUAUGGUAACACUUCAGUUUUAAAAUAAAUUGAUAAGACAGUACUAAUAAAAAAAGCUACAACUACCUGAGGUAUUUUGAUGAUGAAAAGGAGAAAGCCCUCUGCAUCCAAUAGAGACUUCAACACUUCCAAAUGAAACACAACUGUGUUGUAAAGCAAAUAAAACACAGUAAUGCAA